GGUCUGUUUGGUGUUCCAGAACUGAGUUGUCCAGAAGGAUUUCAAGAAGCACAGGACAAAGCAUUGCAAGAAUCAGAACAGCUGGUCCAGAAGGCAUGUUCAACACCGCCUGGGCCUGAGAUUGUAAUGCUCUUUGAUCAGCUUUCAGAUGCUUUGUGCAGAGUAGCAGACUUGGCUGAUUUUGUGAAAAUUGCCCAUCCUGACUUUGCGUUCAGAGAGGCUGCUGAAGAAGCUUGCAGGAACAUUGGUACCAUGGUAGAGAAAUUAAAUACGGAUGUUGAACUGUGUCAGAGUUUGAGACAGCUGCUGGCUGAUGAAGUUGUUACAGAUUCCCUAGAUCCAGAAACCAGGCGAGUGGCAGAACUUUUUAUGUUUGAUUUUGAGAUCAGUGGCAUUCAUUUGGAUGAAGAAAAGCGUAAAAAGGCAGUCAACCUCAACAUCAAAAUACUGGAUUUAUGUAAUGAAUUUCUGACAGGAACUCACCUUCCCAACAGGAUUGACAAACAUGUUUUGCCAGAGCACAUUCGGUAUAAUUUUACAGCUGAAGGCGAUCAUUUACAAGUUGCUGGUCUACAUGCUGACUGUCCCGAUGAUCUGGUGCGAGAAGCUGCUUACAAGAUUUUUCUUUACCCGAAUGCUGAGCAGCUGAGCCGUUUAGAAGAACUGCUUGCUAGCCGAAACAGUCUGGCACAGUUGGUUGGAUAUAACACCUUUGCCCACAGGGCUCUUCAAGGAACAAUGGCCAAAAAUCCAGAGACAGUAACACAGUUUCUGGAGAAGCUUUCUGACCAGUUGUCUCAAAGAACGCAAAAAGAUUUUGAAAUGAUGACAAAGAUGAAAAUGAAGCUUAACCCCCAAAAUUCAAAAUUGAUGCCAUGGGAUCACCCUUACUACAGUGGUGUCCUACGAGCUGAGAGGUAUAACAUUGAUCCUGGUUUGUACUGUCCCUUCUUCUCUCUUGGGGCGUGCAUGGAAGGUUUGAACUCUUUGUUCAGGCAGCUCCUAGGAAUCUCCCUUUAUGCUGAACAAACCCAGAGAGGAGAGGUUUGGUCUGAAGAUGUUCGCAAGUUGGCUGUUGUUCAUGAAAAUGAAGGUCUGCUAGGGUACAUCUACUGUGACUUCUUUCAACGACCUAAUAAACCACAUCAGGAUUGUCACUUUACAGUUCGUGGAGGCAGGCUGAGGGAAAAUGGAGAAUACCAGCUGCCUGUAGUUGUUCUUAUGCUUAGCCUGCCCCACUCAACGAGGAGUGCACCAACACUACUAAGUCCUGGCAUGAUGGAGAAUCUCUUCCAUGAAAUGGGACAUGCUAUGCAUUCUAUGCUGGGCCGAACUCGGUACCAGCAUGUCACUGGAACCAGAUGUCCUACUGAUUUUGCUGAAGUUCCCUCAAUUCUGAUGGAGUACUUUGCAAAUGACUAUCGAGUGGUUAACCAGUUUGCAAGGCAUUAUAAAACUGGACAGCCACUACCGAAAAGCAUGGUGUCAAGACUGUGCGAGUCCAAAAAAGUGUGUGCUGCAGCUGAUAUGCAACUCCAGGUCUUUUAUGCUGUCUUGGACCAAAUCUACCAUGGGAAACAUCCUCUGAAAAGAUCAACCACAGAAAUUUUAAAGGAAACACAGGAGAAAGUUUAUGGAUUGCCAUAUGUGCCUAAUACAGCCUGGCAGCUGAGAUUCAGCCAUCUCGUGGGCUAUGGUGCAAAAUACUACUCUUACCUCAUGUCUAGGGCUGUUGCCUCCAUGGUGUGGAAACAAUGUUUUGCUCAGGACCCAUUUGAUAGGGCAAUGGGUGAACGUUAUCGUAGAGAGAUGCUGGCACACGGCGGUGGAAAAGAGCCCAUACUUAUGGUUCAAGGUAUGCUUCAGAAAUCACCUUCAGUUGAAGACUUUGUGGAUGCCCUUGUUUCAGACUUAGACCAGGACUUUGAAACAUUUCUCAUGGACUCAUAAAAACGUGGAAUGGAACUGAGUGUUUUUAUGGAAGAUUGUAGACAUCUUAAUAAUUGCAGAUACAGUGUUGUUAUUGGUUUUGCUUCUUGACAAACACUUGUAAAUGUUUGAAUAUUCAUGGUGGUAGAAUAGUAAUAAAUAAUUUCAGUGGACCACCUGAUUUCAUUUAUGAAGAAUGAUGGCUUUCAGUUUCACAUGGGCUUAAGCAUAGAAUGUGAGAGAACAAAUACUCUGGCAUGUGCUAUUGAAAAAUUUGAUCGUGUUGGAGCAGGUGGCUAAACGGGAAUCAAACUCAUCCUAAAGGUGGAUAGAGUGAUAUGAAUGGUCUUUCAGUAUGCGUUUACUGGAUUCAGAAUUAGUACCUAACUGUCAAGUAUCAUGACCGAGGAUGACCACAGUCCCUUCUCACAUGCUCUACAUGAAUAUUCUGUUAAAUGUGUUUAACCCUAUUCCUUGUAGGAGUUCUUAAUUUCAGAAAAGCAUAUUAUGUUUGCUAUGGAGAAAGGAAAAUAGAAAGAAAUGGGAAAGUAGGAAUAGCAUGUGAGAAAAGGAGAAAAAGAUGAAUGGGAGAAGAAAAACGGUGUUCAUACAGAUAUGUGAAGGAUGUGGGGAAAAGAAGUAUCUUGCAACAUGAAAAAGGCAAGGAAGUGAAAUAGGUUCCCCGUAUAUUUUGUAGCUGUGAUUAUCCAGUGUAUAGGUGUAUGUGUGGCCAAGUUUGUAAGUAAAGAUAAUAUUUUUUGUUAGACUAAUGUUUUGAGCAGAUUUUCAGGUUCAGAAUAGAAGUAGCAAGCUUUACAGCUAAAUACAAAAGAUGGACUGUUCAUCAUAUCAGGAGCACAGAAAGACUGGGAGGAGGAAUAGAGUUUAUAAAGUGCUGUAAAACUAGUAUUGCUAUUGAAUUAAUUUUUUAAAUAUCCAGCAGAGUUAGAAUUUUAGCUCCCAGGCUCAUCUUUUGCAGAUCUUCCUUUGAGGAUCAGUAGUCAUAUAUCAGUAAUAGAGCCUUUGUUUUGUGAGAAGUAUUCUCCCAUUGUUAACUGGGUGCUUUUGUCCUUUUAUCUGUUAUCUGGGUGCGUUUGUUUUAUUGUGUAGCGGUUAUUUAGUUUUCCCUGCGUUUCCUUAAGGGCACUGGUGCACUGGAUGAAGGAUAUUUUACUUUGGUGAAUAUGGACUUAUAGCUAUUUUGAUGAUUCUGUUGCAGAGAAUAAUCAUUGUGAAACUAUGUUGGCAAACUUCACUGUUGAGGUACAGCCUGAGUUUGCUUCCCACGUCUUUAUUCACAGCAGGUUUCCUUUCAGUGAUGAGUGAAGGAGUGUUAGGGAGCUAUUUAAAGUACAGAAGGGCGAGUUCGGGGUGGGGGAAAAGAAGUCAUUCAGAACAAAGAUGUUCUUCCAGGAACAGUUGAAGGUUGCAAACAUCGUGGAUGGUAACCAAAAAGACAUUAUCAGUGAGCGUUUCUCUUUAUCUUGAAGUAAAUUAUGACAUGCUAUUUGGGUGUUCAUUUAGAAAUAUGCGAUCAGUUUUUCCCUAGGGAAACGUCCUCCUCUCUUAAAGGUCUUCUAUAGGUAGUUGCAGUAAGUGUCCUGCUCAGAGUAAGUGUAGUGAAAGAAACAACAGAUGGAAGAGGAGGCUAAGAAAUGAAGGCAAAUAGCUGGAAGAGAAGCAGAAGGGGAGGCGUUUAACCAAAAAAAAAGUAGAUGUCUGGGAAGGGAUAAAUAUGAGUGAUUGCUGAUGGAGUGGGAUAGCAGACAAUUAAAUGAAGGAUAAUUGUAGAGGGCAAAAAGGAGAGAACAAUGAAUUUAUUUUCAUUUUCUGGAUAGUAACUUGUUUUUUAAACAGGAUUUGUGCUAUCAGGUAUUAAUUGAUAUUUUACUCUACCUUCUCUCUUUGUUUAUGCAUGAUAACUAUUCAGGAAAUUUGUCUUGUAUGAAUAGUACUGCUAUUCUAUUAGAACUGAUUUUAGCUAUUUUUAGAUAUGAAAUGUUUUUCACUGAACAAUAGCAGGCAUGUUUUCAGACAUCUACCACAAGCAGGUCUCUGUGUUGCAUGUUUGUCUACAUUCUGUAUCUGCAAUUGGUCACUAAGAAGAAGGAAACAAUGGUUUCACCUAACAAACUACAUGGGUAUUUUGUAACAAGAUCAGUGAUAAAAAAACAAAAGAAGUUUAAGUUUAGGUGUAAGAAAGAAAGUAUUGUGAAGAUGGAAAAUUCUUGAAAGGAUACAAUAACUCAUGAACAUAAAUUUAACAGCCCCUCAUGGAAUAAUGGAAAUAUGCGUCAAAAGGAAUUACAGGGUGUUGGCAAGGGAGUCUUUUGUUGUUUUUUGCAUGUUUUCUGUACUGGAACAAACUACCAGUAAUCUGGAGUUGGCACAUGUUAAAAGAUUCACGGUGACAAAAAGAACUUAGCAAAAGGAAAUCCUCAUCCUGACAUGGGCCUUGUAGCAUUGCUGUAAAGAAAAUAAAGCAUCGUAAUUGAUGGAAUAAUC